GCUUCCACCGCUGUCGUAUACUGAUAAUAUUCUUUUCCAAAGCAAAGCAAGAAAAGCUUUACUGAAAACGAAGCUCAAUUUGAUAAAGUAGGAUUUUCAAAAUUCAUUAGUCACAAAAGCUAAAGUUAAGUUGAAUAAUAAUGACCUUCUUCAUUUUAGCCUCACCUUCACCUACACAUCUCAUCUUUAUUCCUUGAUCCACAAAAUACAGAAAAAUCAAGAAGAAGAAAAAUACCCAGUUUCUGAUCUCAAACAUGGCUUAUUUUACAUACAUGUAUGUUGUUAUACUUUGUUUGAUAAUUCCCACCAUUUUUGGCCAAGUUACAGAGUUCAUCAGCAUAGACUGUGGAGGCACGGCCAACUACACCGACAGCAGCACCGGCCUGGCGUGGAUCUCAGACAACGGAAUCCAAGGCGACGGCGUGCCAGUGAGAGUGGGAGAUACAAAUGGAAACUCACAGCAGCAGUAUCUGCUACGGCGGCCAAUAACAAGGCGACGGCGUGCCAAUAACAAGUACUGCUACACACUCACCACUGAAGAAAGACGGCGCUACAUUGUCCGCGCCACCUUCUUGUACGGGGCCUCCAUGAGCCAAGGCGCGUACCCCAAGUUCCAGCUCUACCUGGAUGCAACAAAAUGGUCCACAAUGACAGUUAUGGAUGCUUCUAGAGUGUAUGUUAAGGAGAUGAUCAUAAGGGCGCCGUCUCACUCUGUGGACGUGUGCGUGUGCUGCGCAACCACAGGCUCCCCCUUCAUAUCAACUCUCGAGAUGCGGCCUUUGAACCUGUCAAUGUAUGCCACUGAUUUUGAAGAUAAUUUCUACUUGGACGUGGCAGCAAGAGUCAAUUUUGGUGCCCCAACCCAAGAAGCUAUAAGGUACCCUGAUGACCCCUAUGAUCGUAUAUGGGAAUCAGAUCUUGAUCGAAGGCCGAAUUUCCUGGUUGGGGUGGCACCUGGUACAGAGAGAAUCAACACUACCAGAGACAUAAAUGUGAAUACCAGAGAAUAUCCACCUGUUAAAGUGAUGCAGACUGCAGUUAUCGGGACUAAAGGAAGCCUCAGCUACCGCUUGAAUCUAGAGGAUUUUCCAGCUCAUGCCCGAGCUUAUGCAUACUUUGCUGAGAUUCAAGAUUUGGGAUCAAAUGAGACGCGUAAAUUCAAAAUGGAGCAGCCUUACAAUCCUGACUACAGCAAUGCGGUGGUGAACAUAGCUGAGAAUGCCAAUGCAAGUUACACACUGUAUGAACCUAGCUACAUGAAUGUGUCGCUGGAUUUUGUUCUGACAUUUGCGUUCGUUAAAACUCGGGAUUCAACACAAGGGCCAAUUCUGAAUGCGAUGGAAAUAAGCAGAUAUCUAGAGGUUACUGCUAAAACAGAUGCAAAAGAUGUGAGCAGCCUAAGUGUCCUGCGCGCUAUGUUUGUUCAAACUGAAUGGGCCAGGGAAGGGGGAGAUCCUUGCAUCCCGACAAGUUGGGGAUGGGUGAGUUGUAGCUCCACAGCACCACCUAGGAUCUCCAAAAUUGUUCUGUCGGGUAAGAACAUGACGGGGGAGAUACCAAGGGAGCUUAAGAACUUAGAAGCAUUAACAGAGCUGUGGCUGGAUGGCAACUCAUUUACUGGGACGAUCCCUGACAUGAGUGGCCUCGUAAAUUUGCAAAUAUUGCAUCUAGAGAAUAAUCAACUGACUGGUUCACUGCCUUCGUACCUGGGUAACCUGCCAUACUUGCAACAACUGAACGUACAAAACAACUCUCUGAGCGGGGAGAUACCUCAAUCAUUGUUAAGAGAAAACUUAACUUUGAGAUAUGAAGGCAAUCUGCAUCUCAGACAUGUGACAAAAAAACAUAACAAAAUAAUACUUGGGAUAACAAUCGGAGUGAUUGCACUUCUUCUUGUUCUCUCCAUUACAAGCAUACUGCUACUUCGACAUUAUAGGGCAAAGAAAAUUUCGCAGAGGAAUGAGAAAGGAAAUUCAUGGCGUGGCAGCUCCAAGCCUUUAACAGCAUAUUCAAUGGCACGAGGUGGAUCUUUGAUGGAUGAAGGGGUGGCAUAUUACAUUCCACUCCCAGACAUAGAAGCAGCUACAAAUCAUUUUUCAAGGAAUAUUGGGAAAGGAAGCUUUGGACCAGUUUACUAUGGAAAGUUGAAGGAUGGAAAGGAGGUAGCGGUGAAGAUAAUGGCCGAUGCAUCGAGUCAUGGGACCAAACAAUUUGUUACAGAGGUCGCAUUGUUGUCUAGAAUCCAUCAUAGAAAUUUGGUUCCUCUAAUUGGAUACUGCGAGGAGGAGCAUCGGUGCAUGCUUGUCUAUGAGUACAUGCACAAUGGGACCUUACGGGAUCAUAUACACGGUUCUGACAACCAGAAGCACUUAGACUGGCUAGCACGCCUUCGUGUUGCAGAAGAUGCAGCUAAAGGCCUGGAGUAUCUGCACACUGGAUGCAACCCCAGUAUAAUCCACCGUGAUGUGAAAACAAGCAACAUUCUUCUAGAUAUAAACAUGAGGGCAAAGGUAUCAGAUUUCGGGCUCUCAAGGCAAGCUGAGGAAGACCUGACACAUGUAUCAAGUGUGGCAAGAGGAACGGUGGGAUACCUUGAUCCGGAGUACUACGCAAAUCAACAAUUGACUGAAAAAAGUGAUGUAUAUAGUUUUGGUGUUGUUAUGCUGGAACUUAUCUCAGGAAGGAAGCCUGUCUCCAUAGAGGAAUACAGUUCAGAUUGGAGCAUCGUUCACUGGGCAAGGUCUCUGAUCCGCAAAGGAGACGUGAUCAGCAUCAUAGAUCCUGCACUGGCAGGGACCGUGAAAGUUGAAUCUGUUUGGAGAAUAGCAGAAGCAGCAAUUCAGUGUGUGGAACAACACAGCUCGGUGAGGCCAAGAAUGCAAGAAAUUAUAUUGGCCAUACAGGAUGCAGUCAAGAUCGAGAAAGGAACCGAUAAGUUAGACUCAUCGGGAAGUACAAGAGGACAAUCUUCUAGAAAAACACUCCUAACAAGCUUCCUUGACAUCCAAAGCCCUGACAUUUCCAAUGGAUUGUUCCCAUCAGCAAGAUAACAAUCCACCAUCAACCAGCAUCUAAUACCUCAAUCUUAUCUGGGAUUUUGACUACAUGUUUAUACUAUCCCACCUAAAAAAUUAGCAUCAUUGUAGAUACACACUCUAAAUGUGCUUAAUUUCACUCUUUUACAAGUGACUGAAACUUACAUCAAAUAUGCAUCUUCUUUAA